AUAAGUAGAAUGACAUCCUCAAAUCCACCACAAGACAAGAUGAUCUUCAAAUAUCCUAAACAAGCUGCAAUUGUUUCUGAAAAACUCUUGAGUUUCUAUAAAGAAAAUGAAUUAUUCGACACGGUGCUGAUUGCAGGAAGCGAUUGCAUAAAUAUCCAAGCUCAUAGAGUAGUCUUGUGUGCAUUUAGUGAGUAUUUCUUAGAAAAGUUUCGAGGCGGUCAAAAUGGCUUGCAGACAAAUACAUUGCAACUCAAAGAGAUCGAUGUUUCUAAUUUGAAAUUGAUAAUAGAUUUUAUGUACACGGGUUCCAUUGAAUUGAGUCUUGGAAAUAUUGAUGGACUCUUGAAAACUGCAUUGUUUUUGAAAAUUAAAACAUUGGUUGAAGGAUGUUAUGAGUUAAUUGGACAAAACGUAAAUUCCAGCAACUCGUUGGCCUUCCUUCGAUUGGCAAAUGAAUUGAGCUUAUCCUCACUGAAAGCCAAGUCUUUGAAAUGUAUUUACAUUCAUUUCGAGGAAAUUUCAAAGAAAAACGAAUUUAUGUUAUUGAAUAAAGAUGAAUUGAAGAAUUUACUAUUUAUUGACAAUCCUCAUAACGAUUUUGAAGAAGUUGUCUUUUUGUCGAUGGUGGACUGGAUAAAUUAUGACAAACUAAAUCGAGCCCAAUUUGCCUUUGAGCUCCUUACAAUGGUUCGUUUCCGAGCUCUUUCACCCAAGUUCAUUGUGGAAAAUAGAAAGUCGGUUUGUAAAACUGUGGAAGACUACGAAUUGAUUUGCAGUUGGUUGCAAUGGCAUUUGUCGCCCGAAACAAGUUCAAAUGAUCAACCGAAUGUCGCUUUGAUUCCAAGGCAAAAAAAUGAAAAGCUUGCAAUAAUAGGUGGCAUAAAUGAGAGUGAAAUUUGUAUUCAAACUUUUGAUUCCAAAGAAAGUUCAUGGUCCAUGGAGAUGAAAAAACCUUUACAAUCGACACAACUGUUUCCUUCAACCAUAAUGAUUGAUAAUAAACUGCUUGUAGUUGGAGGAUACCUCAAUCGUGAUGUGACUAAUAGAAUACAAUGUUUAGACAUGAACACAAUGGAUUGGGUUGAUUUUCCGUCAAUGAAUACACCUCGAUUUUGUUGUCGGUUAGUAGAUUUAAAUGGAUAUUUAUGUGUUUUUGGUUUGAAUACCAAUUAUGGAAUCCCAUCUAUGGAAAUAUAUAAUUUUUCCACAUGCAAAUGGAAUAGUUUGCAACCAAUGUCUCAACUCAGUGAUGCAAGUAGAAUAACUGCGCACAAUGGGAUAUUAUACAUUCUCGAUUUUAAAAAUGGUUUUUUGCAAUCUUAUGAUGUCUCUUCAAAUAAAUGGUCUUCCAAAGCUAUUACGAAAUCUUCACUUUGGGUUUUUGGAUUUGUUGCAAUUGAAAGGUUUUUGUUUGUCAUUGGUGGCGAUUCGAUUGGGAUUAAAAAAGAAGAAUGGUUGAAAACUGUUAUACGAUACGAUUUAUCUAAUGAUUCUUGCUGUGAAAUGGCAACUUUAUCAAGACAGUUCGUCUUCAUAACCACAAAAGUUCUUGGGAAUAAAAUUAUGAUUUGCGAUGGACUUAAUGUUGAUGAGUAUAAUAUUGACAUUGACAAAUGGAAUACUUUGGAUUGUUUACCAGUAGAAGUUGACGCCUCAAGUGUUUCUAUAUCUAACACUAUUUUCAAAUAAUGAGUUGCAUUAAACUUGCAUUUCUUAUUUUAUGUAUAUUAUCCAUAAAGACAAUAAAUAAAUGCUUUGUUGUAAAAAAAAAUGAAAUCUUAUGAAAAUAAAAUGCACGACUGGGUCGCACGUACUUGCUCUUGUAGUUCAAAGUAUCGUUAUCUUAAAUAUCUAUU